UCUUGUGUCAAAUUCUAUGUUAUCAACCUAUUAUAAUACUAAUUUCCUAGAAGCAUUUUUUCUGUGUGUUAAUACUGUCUUGUUUUAUUGAUUCGCACCCACUCUAGGAUUCUUGUUUUAGUUUUUAACUUGAUAGUGUUUUUUUAUUUAAUUAAAUUAGGCCUAUUCAUUGACUUUUCUAGGUUGCUUCAAUUUGUUAAAAUGGCAGCAUUCCCUGCUGUUGCCACGGUGAUUGGAGUUAGUAAAGAAAUAGCUGAGAGUGGUCCACUGUUGGCCACUCUGGCCAUGGAUCCUGGGUUGAUGGUACAGCCUCCUGCUCCUCCAAUGAACCUGCCUGAAGAGACGGAAGUGGAGAUCAAAGCCAGUGACCCUGUCACUCAGGCGGUUGUUGACAACAUUAUAGGAAAACUUCCAACAACGAAAGAACAGGUCAGACUGAAAUGUGAAGUUUGUAAUAUUGAAGUUUCUGGUCCUGAAAUUCUUCAAAUUCAUUAUGCUGGUUCUAAGCAUGCUAAAAAGCUGAAAGCUCAAGAGCUGAUAAAGGAGAUUGCUAACUCUCCCAACUCUGUGUUUGUUUUGGCGAACCCCUCGGAAGGCUCUGUCCCCAACACUAAAGAGUUCUCGUGCAAGAUAUGUAAUGUAAGGCUCAACUCACACCUACAGCUGCAACAACAUCUGUCAGGUUCUAAACACAAAAGUAAAGCUGAGGCAAAUAAAUCCAACACAGUUCAAGUGGCUGAUACCAGUGGAAGCAAUCAAGGUGUGGUGAAUGUGGACAUUGGACCGAAUCGUUUGUACUGCGCAGCAUGCAAUGUUCAUGUCAACUCCGAUCUUCAACUGCAUCAGCAUAUUACGUCGAGUAAACAUGCUUACAAAGUUAAUGGGAAAGCACCUAACAACCGAGGAGCUCCUUACGCCAGACGGUUUCCUACAGGCAAGCCUUGGAGCAGACCUGCCGUUGGUGCUAGGCCCAUGUUCAGCGGAGGCUGGCGUCCAGGCCGAGGUGGUAUGUUUCCCCAGCACAUGAUGCCGUUUCACAAACAUUUCAUGCCGGGUGGGACUCUUUCCGGUUAUUGAUAAGAAGAUUUAAAGAAUGUAUCAAGAUUCCAGUCACUAUUAUUUUUAUCUUGAGAAGACAAAUAAGGUGGCCUCUGGGGAAUUCAAAAUGAAAAAGCAAAUCGGUCCUGGGCCUGGCUGUCUUCACAAACCUAACAGUGCCACCUACAGUAACAGCUUAACUUAUUCCUUUUCGGGUGAAUUCUCUAAAAUUAAUUUUUAAUUGGCGUUCUGUGUUGUUGUUUUCUAUGAAUGUGUAAUAAUGCAAUUUAAGAUUGAUGAUUAAUUCAAAACAUUUGGAAGUUAUACACCCAUAAAAUUUAAUAUAGCCUAUUUGAAAAACUUGUAGCAGUGUUCUGAAAUUGCAUAACAGAUAUUAGCAAACUGAGGCCUUUGGUGGUGUGGACAAGGGAAGUUUUAUUUCAAAUUUGAAAGUUUUUUACCGACUUUUUUACUUAAUCAGUUAUAUUAUAUUUUAUUUGUUACAUAAGCUUCAAGAUUUAAAAUAUUAGUGAUUCAAUCAAAUACAAUUUUAAGCAUUAAAUGGAAAACAUUGUAACUUAACUAAACUAAAAAUUUGCUCCCUGUUUGUAGAUUUUUCUUAUCUGUAUCAUCAGGCCCGGUGUAGUUUGGGAAACUUAGAUUCUACAGCAUAUUGUGACAUUAACAUUUCUAAUCGUUGUAUUCAUUUCAAACAUAAAGAUAUUGCAGUUACUUCCUAAAAUGCUAAUUAAGGCUAUGAAAGAACAACUUGUGGUUUGUGUAAACGUCUUCCCUGUAGAGCGUAAAAUAUGUUGAAAUAAAAUUUAUUCAAUUGAAGAUAAAUUUUUGUCUAAUAAUUCUUUGGGAUUUGGAUUCCUUACAUUAGAUAAAGUAGAGCACCAUGAUUGGAAGAUUGUGAGAUAAAAAAUUAGAAGUUUUCUUUUAUUAAAUCAAAUGUAAACAUAAACUAUUACUGUUCAAACUAGAAGAAUAAAAAUUUAAUUUGGUAUUGUACCAUAGUGUCAAUAGGUAUUGGCUACGUUUGAAUUUAUAAUUUAACCAUAUUAUAAAGUUUAGGGCUAUCAGAGAAAAUUUCACUGUAGUUUACAUGUGUAUAUUUAAACGAUUAUUAAGUCUUUAUAAGGACCACGAUGGAGCCUACAUCGUCAACUACUGAAAAUUUGUAAUUAAGUUUUUGUAAGGCUGAACAAACUAGACUAUUAUGUUUAGAAGGAAAACUUGUUAUUUCUAUCUAUUCAAAUAGUCCUAAUUAUAUAUCUCUUUUUGUUUAUUUAUUUAAUUUUGAAUAUUUAUUUGUUUUUCAUUUUUUUUCCACGAAUAUAUCUGGACUUUUGUAAAAUAGUCGAAGAUGAAGCUCAUGAGGUUAUUAUUACUAAAGUUUAUUGAAUUGUAUCUUGUUAGUUCAAUGACAUUUUAGAAUAGUUCAUAUGUGGUACUGUUUUUUCUCAUUUCUUUUAGCUACAAAUAAAUGUUUAUAAGUUUUUUUAAGUGUAAUACAGUAAUAAGGCAGUAAGGAUGUAAGUUUUCCUAUUUACAAUGUCAAUGUUGUUGUAGAAGACCUGUUAGGGUCAGUUUAAAUUAGUAUUGUAAACAUAUAUCAAUGAAAAUGUACUUAA